AGACCCAAUGAAUUAUUUCUCAUUCUCAUGGCGACCUUAGUUUAGUACGGGAUUCGAUUACUGUUUUUUACCUUUUUGUUUGUUGUUAAAUAUAUAGUGGAAAUAUAUAUUUAUAUGUGCUGUUAUUAUCAAAUUAAUCGUCGUUUUCCUUUUUAUCGUGUUACAUAUGCAAAAUGUUUUUGUGUUAAAAUGUGUUGUGUUUAUGUUUUGGGUACCAAAAUAACAUUAGGAUUUUUAACAGAGAGGAAUAGGUGCUAUAAAAAGGGCUAACCAUGAGGCCACGAUUUCCCAAAACUAUAAAAGAUUGGAUUGCUGUGGCAAGCACGAAGUGGGGCCUUAUAAACAGGCUCUUAUCAACAUGAGUGAAAGAAACGAGAGAAGUAAAUACCUUGGUAAAUCGAAACAACAACAACAACAACAACGUCUUCAUGAAGCUAGUUUCGAUCACAAAGCGCCUAGGCCUCCAGUGCCUGGAGAAGAAAGAAGCCAUUUCAUGUCAGAUUGGGAUCCUUCUCCUUCGCAAGUGGACUGGAUCAAACAUAAGUCUUCCUCACCGCCUCCUAGAAAAUUUUACAAUUACGCAAACGAAUCCCCUCCAGCUCCCUGUGGCUACGAACCCGACGGUAGUUGCCGAUCGAAUUCCCGUUCCUCUUCCAAAAACGGUACUUCCAGCGACAAUUCUCCCCCGCCAGCCUGCCUCAAGUGGGCAAACUCAUUGCAGUCUCUGCUCCAAGAUCCAGAUGGAGUUAGACUCUUCCACAUUUAUCUCGAAUCAGAAGGCCAGCACCAUGCCGACGCACUGGACUUCUGGUUCGCCUGUGAAGGACUCCGGAAACAUACUGCUAGAGAAAAAAUACAACAAUUGGUUAAAGUUAUCUAUAAAAAAUUUUUCGUUAAAUCGGCUCUUCCACUUGACGACGAGCUGAAGAAAGAGAUAGGAAAAAAUAUAAAAUCUUCACAGUGCCUUGAGCCUCCCGUAACGUUAUUUGACAAAGCACAAGCUAUCGUUAAACAAUCAAUAGAUAAGACGACCUACCCCAACUUCCUUAAAAGUGAUAUGUACCUGCAAUAUUUAGAGAAUGUUCAAAACCUUAGUAGCAGUAGUAGUGAUUUCGGUAACGAUUAUUCCAAUUUGGCAAACGGACCUGAUCCUCUUCCUACUUUACAUGAAGAUAUGGAACUGAUCAUGAAUCCACCCGUACAUUUAAGUCAUGCAUCUGGUACGGCUAGUGUAAGUACGGGUUACCAUACACCAAAUGUGAAUAUAGGUGCACCACAGGUGCGUCUUACCAAAGAUCUUUUAUUGAUAUCACAAAAUCGUAGAGCUGUCGAUUCUAGAACAAAAUCAGAAACUUUUGCCAGUAUGAUCAUGUACCGUGGACUGAAUGGAUCAGGAGCUCACGCCGCCUAUAAUUCCUAUAACCCGGUUUCGAGGCAAGAUAGCGAGUUGCAUUCCCUUAGUAGUCAUUCGGAUGCCAGGACGGAAUCCGACAAUAUGUCAAUGACAGAUAGCUCUGUUGAUGGUAGAUCGAAUAAAAGGAAAGAAGUUCUAGAAGCUAGAAAAAUACGAGAACUGGCAGCUAGGAAUAAAGAAACGCAUAUGCAGCAAGUUUUUAUUCCUCGAACACAACGAGUCGAUACGAAGCAAUGUCGAGCUAUGGACAUUAACACGUUCGCUGCCAUUCUAAUCGAAAAAUUAACGCCUAUAAAAAGGGAUCAGGAUCAACAAGAACUUUUAGAAAAGAAACUCAAAGAAAACGAAUCAAAUUCGAAAAGCGAUAUCCAGUCAGCAAUAAGAGAACUAGAAUUAGGCGACGAUAAUGAUCCGGAAGAUAUUUUGGAUCAACACCUUUCCAGGGUUUUAUCAGAUCGUAAUUCUUGUAGAUCACCUGGAUUGUGCAGUCCUAGACAAUUUUCCCCUCCAAGGAAUAGACAUGUCCAAAAUUCUUAUCCUCGAUCGAGAAGAAAAGAAAAAGAAGGUUCGCUUUACAGUAUAGAUUCGGGAAAUGUCCACGAUUUCGCUGACGGUUCCGAACACAAAAUGACCAUGGUAAAAUCUAAAAGUAUGCCCGAAUAUGCCGAAGAACGAUUUGUACGAGCGCCAUCAGGAAGAAGGUUGCCGAAAAAACCUCAAUCAGAAUUUGCCGACAGUGGGGUAUCGGUGGUAUCAGACGCUGCCCCAAUGCCAGUAAAAGAAAAUCGCGUACUGAACUGGCUACUAGAAUCCGAUAAAAGUGGCAGGGGACAAAGUCACACCCACAGUGAAAUGUCACUGAAACACCGGAGCCACAGAACCAGCAGUGCUACGUCUCCUAGUGCGGGAAGAAGAAGAAAAGGAUUCGGUUCGAGGUCGAGCUCGUUGGAGAGAAGUAGCGGAAAUGCUAAUCUAGUUCCUGCCCAACCUUUCAUCGCUGAUCCUAAUAUGCCUCCCUUACCAUCGCCUAAUACAGCGAUACAAUUGGAAGAAGCUAGAAGAAGAUUGCUGGAGGAUGAUAUCAGAAAUAGGCCUAAACAAAGGUCUCCUGCGAGUAGAUACUACUCAGAAAUAUCCCACAGUAGUCAAUCGACGUUGAAGAAAUCUAUAAGGGGUCCUAGACAAGUUAACGUAGGUGUAUCUGAUGAUGUAACAACAGUUGUGUUUACUUUUUGCGAAGAACAGUUUCCUUAUAGAACCAAAAUUCCUGGUACUCAGAUAACUUUGAGACAGUUCAAAGAGUAUCUACCCAAAAAGGGAAAUUACAGAUACUUCUUCAAGACUUUAUGUGAAGAACUUGGUAACACGGUUAUCCAAGAGGAGGUUAGUAAUGAUGCAGAGGUACUUCCGUUAUGGGAAGGUAAAAUAAUGGCCCAAGUGAAGCCAAUCGACUGAGUUUUUAUUUAAGUUCUAACUGAUACUAAACAGAAAACUAUUUAACGAUUAAUUAAAGUCCUUUUUAACCUUCUGUAGUAAGUUUUUUUGCAAAUAAUUUAUUUUUUUCUUCUUUGUCGUUGAAUGUUUUUUUUUCCUAUCUAAUAAGACAACAUUUUGUAAAAUUUGUGCAUCGGUUAGGCAUUUCAGAUAUUGUUAAAGGUACACUAAAUUGGUGAAUAACUUCAAAAUAAAAGCUUCGCUCUGAUUUUAAAAUAAUUUCCAAAAAUACAUCGAAAUUGAUGAAAACAGAUACCAUUUGUAACGUACGGUAUACAAUGAAACUAAAUUUGGUAACAUUUUGGUAGCUUUUUUAACUUAAACUCUUGAAAUAGACUGAAAUUGCCCUGUUUCUUGUGUAUUGUAUUCAUGUUAUGAGUUUAUACUGCCAAUGCAUUAUUUUUUCGAUUGUGUCUAUUUAAACUGACACUCAAACACAUAAAUUCGCCCAAUUUAGUCCUAAGUCCACCUAAGUUUUUUUUUUAGGAAAAUAUGUGUUCAUAACGUUUCUUUUUUCAUUAUUAGGAAAUAUUUCAGGUAAUUAAAUUAAAAUGAUAACAGUAUAAAGUCAAUUACCGCAUCAAACACAUACUUUUCUUCAAAGAAGCCCGUGUAGCAUUUUCGUUUUGUAAAAAGGUAGCGUUAAACUUCUGAAUAUAAUUUAUUUAUUGUUAUUUUUUAAGAAAUAGUAAUAUUUUUUUAAUUGUUACAAUUUUUAAAAGAAAAAAGCAACAAAUUUUUGUAAAAUAGACUUUUGUAAUUAGAUCAUAGAUAGUAGAAAGUACUAUAAAAAAGAGAACGGCAAUAAUGUCUAUAAAUGAAGAUUAGUAGGUGCGUAUAUUAAGUGCCUUCAAUAUAUCUGUUCACUUUAUCGCGAAAAAAAACUGAUUCAAUUCUAAAAUAAAACAACUGAAUUAUUUUCCACUACCAUAUACUCUGUUGAGUCCUUUUUAUCCGAAUACGAACCUUUGGAAGACCAGAAAAACCAAACAGUGUAGAAUACAGUGUGUUCAGUAUUAAUAUCACCACAUAUUCCAACUUGAUAACGGUUGGAAUUCAACAAAUCACACACUGAUUAACAGUUUCAGGAUUUUUUUUGUAGUUUUUCAUCUAUUUUGACUUUUAUUUCAAAAGUAUAGGUAGGGUUCUAUAGUUAGUUCUUUUUUUAUUAAUUCUUUAUGUGUAUGUCUUCUCUAUUCUUCUUGGGUCCUUUUUAUUCAUUUUUUUUACCUCCCAUGAGUACUAAACAAUUCUGAAUUUACCUGUAAAAUGAUUAGUUAAAUCCUAGGUACCAAUGACUCAAUAUAUCUAUGGAAUCCUCGAAGAACCAUACAAUGUAAUUGUGAGUUUCAGUUUCUUUCGAUUAGUUACAAUUUCUAUUUCAAUCUCAAAUAUUUAGUCUGUUGUUUGGCUCCACUAAAAGAUAGAAAACUACAAAAAAUACCCUCAAUAUAACAAACAAUAUAAUUUUGGUCUCUACAUAUUGUAUGAUAUUUAGCAGGCACUAAUUUUCCUCAUGUCAUCAUAGUCACUGUGUAUAUUUGAGUUUUACAUAUUUUUUUCUACAAACUUUUAGGGCAGGUUCUACCCAAGAAUCCUAAAUGAUCCCAGUCCCACAAUAUUUCAGUCUCAAAUAUAUAUUUUGUUGUUUCACCUAAUCCUAGAAGUGAAUUAAUUUCAUUUACGUUACUCUAAUUUUCACAAAAAGUAGGAAAACUACAAAAAAAAUUUCCUCGAUAUAGUAAACAAUAUAAUCAGUUGUUUUGUUAAAGAUCGAUUAAUUUCCACAGAAUAUGAGUUAAUAGGAUGCUUCCAAUAACAAUUCCUUAAAAAGUUGUACUUAAAAUAAUGGAUUUUGGAGUGGUUUUGUGGAAAAAAUUAAUCAUAAGAAAUGCCUAUUCUCAAAAUAUUUAUUUCAGAAGAAUUUAAAUUGUUCAAACAAUUUUUUUUAUAAGAUUUUGGUCAUUAUCAUUUCACAUUGAUGGAUUUCUAAAGGAUAAAAUGAACAACUUUUUUACCCCAUUACUAUAUUUUUAAUUGAUAUUACUUCAUGUUAAUGUAACUCAAUAGAAUUCCAGUUCUACUUAAAAUGUCCUCACUAAUCUAUGUAUGAACAUACAUAUUCUUUUUUUAUAUAUAAACCUAACUACAGUGUGUUCAAUAUAAAUCAAACUAUUCUGUUACUUAUCCUCAUCAGUAACCAAAAUAUCUAAUUGAAAAUUCGAUUUCUAAACUAUCCAAAUUAGAAAAUAAUGGAAUAUUUAAAGACUCUGUGAAAGUAAAUUCUGAAUACUUUGUUAUUCAAAAACCUAAAUAAUACUAUAAUUGAAGUAUUUGCAAACAAUUACAUACUACUAACUCACAUAUUGUGUAUGAAAAUAAAAAUUUUUCAAACUUAGUUUUCAAAAAUUUUUUAUUUUUCAGUAGUAUAGUAGAAUUUGUUUCGCUAAUACUAACGUUUCAUCUACCAGAAAUUUUUUUCCAUUUAUUUAAUCAUUAAUCGGAAAAUUUUUUCAUUUAGAAAGCUUUUUGUCUUACCAGGUAUGAGAAUAGCUGUUUCAUUUUAAGGUAACCUUGUAAAUAAACUUGACAUGAUUAUAUAUAAGUAUAUAACGCAAAUGUAUUAUUUUUUUUAAUUAAAAUAAAUAUUGUUAAUACAUGGGAGCAUCCUUUUUUUAUAUAUAUAUAUCUACCACAAAUUCUUAUCUCCACAAAAACAAAGUUCGAUUAAAUAAACAAUCACAAAAUUAUCUUUUUAUUUCCAAUCACUUAGUGUAGAUUCAUAUACCUCAUUUCUUUUUAUUUGUUUUUUUUCUAGUAAAUAUUUUUAUAGAAAAGUAAUGAGCAUUUUGUGAGUACUUUUACUAUUAACCUAAUUUGUACAUUUUAUAAUAGAACUGAUUGAACAAAAAUCU